CAUCACGUGACGGUCAGAUCCACAACUCUCUCCUGCUGUCGGGACUGUACUUCACAACAACUGCUGUUUGGAGUAGAUUUUCCCUGUCAAAUGACUAUCCCCCGAGAACCGGGACGGGGUAACUCGGCAGUUUAACAGAUUUGCUUUCAUUUUAAGUUAUUUGUUCAAAUUUACUCGUAAAUGUAGUCCAACACUAAACGUCGCGAGGUAAAUAGUGAUCUCGACAGUUGCCUGACUGUGGGCUAGCGCGCGAGCUUCUUAAAGUAAAGACAGCCAGCGUGCGCGCUUUAUAAAGAGCUCGAGACGAGCCGAGCAACGGAAAAAAACGAAGUAAACAUGGAGUUAGAGGACGGCGUCCUUUACCAGGAGGACCCGGGAACCUCGGCGAUGAUGUCCGAGCGGGUGUCCGGCUUGGCGAGUUCCAUCUACCGCGAGUUCGAGCGGAUGAUACUCAAAUACGACGAGGACGUGGUCAAGGAACUUAUGCCGCUUGUCGUGGCGGUGCUGGAGAACUUGGACUCGGUGUUCGCGGAGAACCAGGAGCACGAGGUGGAGUUGGAACUGCUGAAGGAGGACAACGAGCAGAUCAUCACGCAGUAUGAACGCGAGAAAGCGCUGAGGAAGAGCGCAGAAGAGAGAUAUAUUGAGUAUGAGGACUCUCAAGAGCAGGAUAAGAAAGAUCUGCAGAACCGUGUGCUGCUACUGGAGGCCCAGACCAGACAGAUGGAGCUGAAGUCCAAGAACUAUGCAGACCAAAUUGGAAGAUUAGAAGAGCGUGAAGCUGAGCUGAAGAAAGAGUACAAUGCCCUGCAUCAAAGACACACUGAGAUGAUCCACAGUUACAUGGAGCACUUGGAACGUACCAAAUACCAGCAGCUGACGGGGGAAACUGCAGACUCCGGGACCCUGGGCAGAAUGAAGAAGGAGCGCCCUGUCUCUCUGGGGAUUUUUUCAUUGGCCGGAAGUGAUGUGAUGACCCCCGAAUUGCAAAGAGAAGCCGUGGAGACUCCAGGAACGGACACAUGGAGAUACAACAACCUCAGCCACCCACGCUCCAAAACCAGCCUCAAGGAUGAACUCUCUGAUGUCAAUAGGGGAGAGUCCAAAUCAGCCACACCCAUGUCUGCAGCAACUUCAGAUGUUACCAUGGCGUCAGUGGACACACCCAGGACAGAGGAGGCAGAGGGCCUGAACAGGAACCUGAAUUCUAGCAGUGCUAAGCCAGACAGCAGUAAGAACAUCAGAGUACAGGACGCUGUGGUAGCAGAGAUGCCAUCUGCAGAUCAAAGUGAGAAUGCAGAGAGGUCAGAGGUUCAGGCGAUCAUUGAGUCCACCCCAGAGCUAGACAUGGACUUAAGUGGAUGCAAAGGGUCCAGCACUCCCAUGAAAGGGAUAGAGAACAUGGCCUUUGACCGUAACACUGACUCUCUGUUUGAGGAGCUCUCCUCAGCAGGAACUGAUCUCAUAGGGGACGUGGAUGAAGGUGCUGAUCUGCUGGGUAUGGGUCGUGAAGUUGAACACCUGAUCCAGGAGAACACUCAACUACUGGAGACAAAGAACGCCCUGAACGUGGUAAAGAAUGAUCUGAUCGCUCGUGUUGAUGAGCUGGUCUGUGAGAAAGAUGUUCUUCAGGGAGAGCUGGAGGUUCUGAAACAGGCCAAAGAAAAAUUAGAAGAGAGGAACAAAGAGCUGGAGGAGGAAAUCAGAAGAGUCCGGGCAGAGGUGGAGGAGGCCAAACAGAAUGCGAAGGAGGAAGAUGAUAGUGACGUGCCCACAGCUCAGCGGAAGCGCUUCACACGAGUGGAGAUGGCACGUGUCCUCAUGGAGAGGAACCAGUAUAAAGAGAGACUGAUGGAGCUGCAGGAGGCCGUCAGGUGGACGGAGAUGAUUCGAGCUUCACGAGAGAAUCCAACCUUGACUGAGAAGAAAAAGUCCAGUAUCUGGCAGUUUUUCAGCAGGCUGUUCAGUUCAUCCUCCAGCACGGCUGCAAAGAAACCAGACGCACCGGUUAACUUGAAGUACAAUGCCCCCACCUCGCAUGUCGUCCCUUCAGUAAAGCAGAGGAGCAGCACCCUCGCUCAGCUGCCCAGUGACAAAUCCAAGGCCUUUGACUUCCUCAAUGAGGAGGCCGAGGUAGAGAAUGUAGUGUCACGUCGAGAGCAGAAGAAAGCUCAGUACAGGCAGGUGAAGGCUCAUGUGCAGAAAGAGGAUGGCAGGUUGCAAGCCUAUGGAUGGAGUUUACCUCCAAAAUACAAGGUUGCCAAUGGUGGACAAGCAGAUGGUAAGGUAAAAAAUCUGCCAGUACCCAUCUACCUCCGACCUUUAGUUGAGAAAGAUGCUUCUAUGAAGCUGUGGUGUGCUGCAGGAGUUAAUCUGUCAGGUGGAAAGACGCGUGAUGGGGGCUGCAUUGUGGGAGCGAGUGUGUUCUAUAAAGAUGUGUCUGGAGGAGAGACUGGCCCCCUAAGCCACAGCCAAAGAAGAGGCUCUCAAAGCAGUCUGGACAGACUAGAGCAAGAACUAAAGGAUCAGGAGAAGGAACUGAGGCACCAGGACGAACUCUCCAGCCUGGUGUGGAUCUGCACCACCACACAUGCCACCUCUAAAGUCAUAGUCAUUGACGCUAACCAGCCCGGAAACAUCCUGGAAAACAUUUUUGUGUGCAACUCUCAAGUGCUUUGCAUCGCCAGUGUGCCAGGUGCCUCUGAGACAGAUUACCCCGCUGGAGAGGAGGUUGUUUCAGAUAGUGAGGCCAGUCAGGGUGAAGGGGCUUCUAAAGUCAACACUACAGCUAACAGCAGCUCCACUUGCUCUGAUGGAGGUCUGGGUGGCAUUACUGUAAUGGGCUGCUCUACAGAAGGACCUGUGGCCAUCCCUCAAACUGUCUGCACAAAUGCCAUAGAAUCCACAGACUCAGAUGGGGUUUUGGGGCGGCACAAACAGGAUGCAGUAACGGCAGCAGAAGAAGCUCAGGAGGCCACAGAGAGCAGCAGCAAUACACCUGCAGAUGAGAACCAGCCUGGGAUCUACACAGAACACAUCUUCACUGACCCGCUAGGAGUACAAAACAGCAGAGACACGCCACCCACCUACACACAGAGUCCUGGCUGCUAUAGGGAGUGUGAUCUAGUGAAGGAUGGCGUGAGCUCAGUGCCUGAGGAGCAGGACCUCAUGAGAGAGGAGGCUAGCAAGAUGAGCAGCAUCCUGCCCACUAUGUGGUUGGGGGCCCAGAAUGGCUGCGUGUACGUGCACUCUUCUGUGGCACAGUGGAGGAAGUGCCUUCACUCUAUCAAGUUAAAGGAUUCCGUCCUGGGGAUUGUUCAUGUGAAAGGACGUGUUCUGGUAGCCUUGGCAGAUGGUACACUUGCAAUCUUCCACAGAGGUGUUGAUGGCCAAUGGGAUUUGACCAAUUACCACCUGUUAGAUCUGGGCCGACCACAUCACUCAAUCCGCUGUAUGUCUGUAGUGCAUGACAAGGUCUGGUGUGGCUACAGGAACAAAAUCUUUGUGGUUCUGCCCAAAGCCAUGAAGAUAGAGAAGUCCUUUGACGCCCACCCUCGUAAGGAAAGCCAGGUGAGGCAGCUGGCAUGGGAUGGAGAUGGUAUCUGGGUGUCUAUCCGUCUGGACUCCACCCUCAGACUGUUUCACGCACACACAUACCAGCAUCUACAGGAUGUAGACAUUGAGCCCUACGUCAGCAAAAUGCUGGGCACUGGUAAGCUGGGCUUCUCCUUCGUGAGGAUCACCGCUCUGAUGGUGUCAUGUAACCGCCUAUGGGUCGGAACAGGAAAUGGCGUCAUCAUUUCCAUCCCUCUAUCAGAGCCAUGCAAAGUUACAGCAGGAUCGUCAAAUCGUCCAGGCAGUGCGAUCCGCAUCUACGGCGAUGAGAACAGUGAUAAAGUCACGGCAGGAACCUUCGUACCCUUCUGCUCCAUGGCACAUGCCCAGCUCUGUUUCCACGGGCACAGGGAUGCAGUCAAGUUCUUCACUGCCGUCCCAGGGCAGGUGGUUCCAUCUGCAGGCUCAGGGGGUGAGGCUGGCACUGACAAGUCUUCAGAGUCACCCAUGCCAGAGCUGGUCAAAUCUGUCCUAGUCAUGAGUGGAGGGGAGGGUUACAUUGACUUCAGGAUGGGAGAUGAGGGAGGGGACACAGAAGAUUUGGCUGAGCCCACGCUGAAGCUGCAGCCCUUCCUGGCCAAAGCUGAACGUAGUCACCUAAUCGUGUGGCAGGUCAUGGCUAAUGAGGAGUGACUGUUUAUUUCACUUCAUUUUGGCCUUUGCUACAUCCAAAAGAAGCUCACCCCACUUCAGACUCUUGACUUUUAUAUUUCCAUCAUUUUUUCCUUGUGCUUUUGACAUUUUUCAUUCAGCUUUGCUUUAAGAUAUUUGAAGCAUUAGCUUAUAGUAUUUCUGUUAAAACAAUCACAGUUACCAUUAGAAGUAUGUUAAGAAGAUUAUUUGUCUAUACAUUAUGAAUGAAGGGUUACGGAAGUUCUUUGCUCAUCGUCUUUGGCAAUAAAUGGAAUGUUGGAAUGGAAAUAAUAUUAGAUACAGAUUUUCAAUUUCAGUAUUCCUGUUCUUGUAAUAUUUCUUAGGAUGGCAGGUGAAAGCACAACGGUUAACUGUGGCUACAGUGCACUAUGCACUACAUCAUGUCUAGAUGAGCUUUUGUGUUCUGUGUCAAUUAAACUGUUUGUGGGGAAGGAAAGUAUAAGCAAGUGAAAGACAAUUUGCACAAAGCGCUUUCUCAGUCCUUACAUCAGUCACACUGACUUCAUUUAGAUGUGUAGGAUUUAUGAAAAUACUGUGAGUGUAGAUGCAAUAUUCUCAAUGUGUGGACUUUUAUAUCAAUUUGAAUGUUUCACAGUUACCAAAGGAUACAGGAAAAAAAAGGGUUUGAUAUCCCCAUUGAUGGACUUCUAGACAAAAAUGUAAAACUGAAGGAUCUAAACAGAUUUUUAUCAAAAUCAUAGGCAUAUCACACUACUUUGUAAUGCAGUUCUACCGUGACCAUGUACCAGUCAGAAACAUCACUUUUUUAACUCUAGAACAGUUUUCAAAGAAACGGUACUCCUUUGACUUAGUGUGUAAAUAAACAUGCAGAGUAAAAGCAUAUUUUUAUUACGCUUUUGUACAUUUGUCUUUUAGACUUUAAUCUCUAAUCACAGGCCUUAGUGCUCCACCAACAGUCCGCCAGUGUGCUGAUGCUCACCGCUGUUCUGCUUGCAUUCGAGCUGAGGCGCACUGGAGCUGCAGUGCUUCGUUUGCAGUUGUUCUCUCCUCUCCAAGAGAGCAGAGACAGCUUCAUAUUGCAAACAAACCAUUGCAGUAUUUAUUUCUAUGAAUGAGCCUCUGCAGUUCAGAAUGUAACUUUGUACAUUGAAUAUAAAUAUAAAAAAAAUAAAAAAUACAAAUAUGUAUAUGAAAUGUUUAAUUUCUUAAUGCCGAUUGUUAAUGUAAAUCACUUCUUGGUGAUUGAAUGAAUCAAUCUGAAUAACUUGACUUCUGAAACGUUCCUUUACUGAGCUAUGCACUAUUUUUUAAAGGAGUGUGUGUGCAUGUGUGUGGAUGAAUGUGUUUUGUACAGCAUUUUGUAGGUGGGUGCAACAGGAUUACUAGACUGUCCCAUAAUCCUAAAGUCGUCAGAUUGCCAUGAUGGCUUGUGUCCCUUCAGUAUGUUUAUCAUAUCCUCCUCUCUAUCUUAGCCUUGUACUUUUUAAAAGUCUAUUAAACAAUU